CCAACAAAAUCGAUGAUGGCUUUUCCUCUAGCAUCCAUCUCUGUCCAUUCUCUGUUUGUGUUUCCAUGGCGACUCCCCUUCUCUCUCUCUGUACGUACAACCAACUUCCUCACUAUUCAAAUAUCUCUUUCACGUCUUGUUUCAAUUCAAAGCCAAACUUCCACGAAACAACCCAUUCUAGAAAAACACCAGAUUUUGUUGCUUUUCAUGGUGCCAAAAAGUUGCUUAAAAAACCAUUUCUCCACAUACCCAAUGAGUCCAUUUGUGUUUAUCCCUAUCAUUCCAGCUCCUUACAAAUGGGUCCUCGGGAAAGUUUUUUUAGGAGAAGAAUCUCAGUGAAUUCUACAGGGGCAGACAGUGGAAAUACCUCCACAGUUUCUGGAAAUGUGUUUGGGAUUUUGCACUUGGUUGUUUCAUUGGGGAUAAUCCUCGCAGUGGAUAAGUUCUUGAAGAACGCGUUUGUGGCCGCUGCUAUUAAGUUUCCCAGUGCAUUGUUUGGAAUGUUCUGUAUUUUCUCUAUUCUGAUGAUUCUUGAUUCUACCAUUCCAGCUGCCGCUACAGGUUUGAUGAACUUUUUUGAGCCUGCAGUCCAGUUCAUCCAGAGAUGGCUCCCAUUGUUUUACGUACCAUCUUUAGUGGUUCUGCCACUUUCUGUUAAGGAUAUUCCUGCUGCUUCUGGCGUCAAGAUAUGUUUCAUUAUCGCUGGAGGGUGGUUGGCAUCACUCUGUGUAGCAGGUUUUACAGCUAUAACAGUGAGAAAAAUUGUGAAAACUGAAAUGAGAGAUGCUGAGCCUAUGGCAAAAUCGUCUCCCUUUUCACCUUUAGAAUUGUGGAUUUGGAGUGGGAUCUUCCUUAUUUCAUUCGUUUCUGCAUUAUUUUACCCAACAGCUCUGGGAACAAGUGCUCGAACAUGUCUCCCAUUUCUUCUUGCAUCUACUGUGUUGGGCUACAUUAUUGGUUCUUGGUUGCCAUCUGAUGCGAAGAAAGUCUUCCACCCAAUUAUUUGCUGUGCACUAUCUGCAGAUCUUGCUGCCUUUUCCUUUGGGUACCUAUCUCGAUGUGGACUUGACCCUGUUCUAGGAUACUACCUUACGAAGGUGCCAUCAAAUCCUGGAGCUGGUGAUGUUCUAAUGGGUUUUUUGGGGUCUGUUAUUCUCUCAUUUGCCUUUGCAAUGUUCAAACAGAGAAAGCUUGUUAAGAGACAUGCUGCUGAAAUUUUCACAUCUGUAAUAGUCUCAACAUUUUUCUCGUUGUAUUCAACUGCUCUUAUUGGACGGCUUGUUGGAUUGGAACCAACUUUAACUAUAUCAAUUAUUCCAAGAUGUAUAACAGUGGCAUUAGCCCUCAGUAUCGUUUCUUUGUUCGAAGGUGCCAAUUCAUCUCUCACAGCUGCUGUUGUCGUGGUAACUGGUUUGAUUGGAGCGAAUUUUGUUCAAACAAUGCUUGAUAAAUUAAAAUUUCGUGAUCCUAUUGCUCGAGGAAUAGCAACUGCUUCUAGUGCACAUGGAUUGGGAACAGCAGCUCUGUCAGCUAAAGAACCAGAGGCUCUUCCAUUCUGUGCCAUUGCUUAUGCUCUCACUGGUAUAAUUGGCUCCUUGAUUUGCUCUGUCCCAGCAGUAAGGCAUAGCUUGCUUGCAAUAGUAGGCUGAAACUGUCAGCAGCAAAAUCCCCUAAACAUUUGUAUUAGAUAGGACUCGUCCUCCCCAUGAGAUUGUCAGCUGCUUAGAGAGCAAGCAAUCUCUUGAAUUGACAGCUGCUAAAUUUUCUAAAUACAUUAUAUCGUGGAAGAAGCUGUGAAUAGACUCAGUGUUGAAAUUAGCAGACUGUGCACAUUGCACCCUCCUAAUUAUUUGUUUUUUUAAUUCCACAUGUUUAUUUAUAUAUUUUAAGAAAUAUUAACCUAUGUACAACGCCCUGGCUUAAUUUUACUAUUAAUGUACCUGUUCAUCAAGAUAUUUUCAGAAA